AUGGUGGACGUGGCAAGCCAAAUAGGAGAUGUGAACUUUUCUGUCGCCGGAGAGGGCGUUGCAGCUCGUCUUGCACAAGAAGGGGUCGGCGGAAGAGUCUAUGAUCUGCCGGAGUUCUCGGACAUCAGCGAUUACUCAGACGACGGAUACUCAGACGCCCAGGAACAAUGGGAGGAGUCGUUACGGCAGCUGGAACAGCUGGUCAGUUUUGUUCUGAUUCCCCUCAUCGGCAAGUUUUUUGGCCGUCGAGCUGCAUAUUUCGGUGAGUACAGUCGAGAAGGACGGAACGGAUGCAACCGUAUGGCAAUACUAACACAGUGUGGGGCAUGGUGGUGGACUACAGAUCGCCCAAGAAGCUUCAUGUUACCGACUCCAAGGCAUUCAACGUCAGUGGAGUUUUGGGGGCUGUCUCGUUAUGAUCAGACCUACCCUUAUUAUACCAGACUAUACUCAUAA